UCUUAUCUCCUCCAGUUUUCUCAAUCUAGUGUCCAUCAGCGUGUCCUCCCAUCUCCACUUUUUUCCCCUCUAAAACCCCAACGCCCUUCUCCAAUCCCCCUAUCCUCACAGCAAAUGGUGGUGGUGGGUACACGCGGAGGAGAGACUUCGUCCCUGUGAUGCCCUGCCAUGGCUGCCCGCGCGCUGGUCGCACCCCCUCUGCCUCCUCCCCCCCGUCUGGGCACCAUGCGGGCAACCCCGCGCGCCGCCGCCGGUCUCAGCUCAGCGCUGACCGGUCACCGGGGAAGGCACACUUUGUGUUCAGUGCAAUUGACGGAAUCCCCCAGUGGCAAUCUUCAGGUGGAAGCAAACUCGUCUCAUUCCCCAACUCAACUGAUGUCUACAGGACGUGAUGACUCAGCCAUAACAUGUAAAGGAUUCUGUACGAUAUCAUGGAGCGUUAAAGCAGAUGUUAUGGAUGGUCACAUUAUCUUCAUGACAGGUGAUCCAGUUACCCUGGGUUGUUGGGAACCUGAUAUGGCUGUUCAGUUGAAUCCUUCUGUGAAAAGUAGCAAUAAAUGGACGGCUGUAAUCAAGGUACCAUAUGGCGUGCAUUUCAAGUAUAAUUAUUUUGUUCGAGAGGGAAAAAAUUCCUCUAAUGACAUCGUAUGGAGGCCUGGACCUGAGUGCUCCUUAUCGAUACCUUCUGUUAGCCAGAAAAAUCAUGUCAUCCUUGUAAAAGAUCAGUGGAUGGAAACCAGUGUGGCAGGUAUUUCCUCUCCUUCCUGGGGAUCGUGGCUGAUGGAAGCUGAUUCUGUUGAAGAUCAAAUUGCUGAGAGAGGGAAGCAUGAGAGCAUUGUGAAAGCCCACUCUGUUAUAGAUAUGGUGGACGGAGCUUCAUCUGUAGUUGAUUGGCAGGUGAGCAUAUUAUAAUGAGACUUUGGAAUGGCACACCUUUAGCUUCAGUCAGUCCAUCCAUCAGUGUGCAUGAUGAUUUUGCUGCAGCUGAUAAAUCAAAUGCAAUUAAAGUAAGUGUAAACCAGCAUGAGAUAAAUCAGCCUGUUGAGGAGCCAUGGGUUUUUGGACCUAUCGUCUCAGCAAAGAACUCUGUUGCACAAGUGAAACGCAAGAAAGACAGAAGGAAGUUUUUGAAUACGGAAAAGGAUUCAGGUGAAAUAACUGAAAACAUGCCUGAACAGGACCAGCCUGUGGAGGAGCCAUGGUUAUUUCAGUCUUGGGUGACAGCAAACAGAGCUGGUGUUAUAUCAAAACGGAAAGUAGAAGCAAAGGGUAUUAUGAAAAGGUUAAAAGAAUUUGAUAAACCCUCAGCAGCUUCUGAGAAGGAUAUGCUCGCCAGUGGUGAACCGCCAAGAGUCAUAUUAAUUAACUCCUCUAUCUGCAGUACACAGAGAAUUGCAGUAUUGGAAGAUGGGAAAUUAGUUGAACUCUUGCUGGAGCCCAUAAAAAACAAUGUACAUUGUGACAGUAUUUAUUUAGGUAUAAUAACAAAACUUGUGCCUCACAUGGGAGGUGCUUUUGUCGACAUUGGAAUUUUGAGACCUUCACUUAUGAGCAUAAAGCAAAACCGUGAUCCAUUUGUGUAUCCUCAAAUUGUCAAGGAUAUUAAAGGAGGUUCUGCUAAUGAUUCUGGUUAUAAUGAUGAGAGCCUUCUGACAUACGAUGAUGAUGAUGAUGUUGAUGAUGAUAUGGCUGACAACGAGUUUGCAGAUGAAGAAAAUGACGAUGAUUCAUCAACAUUUCUGGCUCAGAAUGUUAAGGAAAAUGAAGAAGGCUUGGACAUUGUGUCCCAUUCUAAUAUAAAGAAGAUUGAUGGUGCUGAAUUUGAAAAUGUCUCUGGUUGGGAUGAUGAAAUUGAUGAUCAUGUGGAAGAUGAAUACAAUGAUGAUCACUCACCAGGAGAUCGGUCAGAGAUCUGCAAUGAUAUUAAGACAUUAUCUUCCAUUCAGCAUGCUUUGAGGGAAUCUAACGAUGAUACAAAUGGAUGUAGGUGGUCUCAAGUUCGCAAGGGCACAAAGAUCAUGGUUCAAGUUGUCAAGGAGGGAUUGGGCACGAAAGGUCCAACACUGAGUCCCUUUCCAUGCUUAAGAAGCCGAUUUUGGAUAUUGGUCUCUCGUGGCAACAAAGUUGGAGUUUCAAAAAAGAUUACUGGGAUAGAACGCACCCGGUUGAAGGGCAUUACAAAGUUAUUACGACCUCCUGGAUUUACUCUGACGGCUCGUACAGUUGCCGCUGGCCAUUCUUGGGAGGAGUUAAACAAGGACCUUGAUCGGUUGUUAUCUACCUGGAAAGGAAUAACUGAACAUGCUCAAUCUGCUGCCCUAGCUGCCGAGGAGGGUGUGGAAGGUGCUAUUCCUGUUAUGUUGUAUAGAUCAAAGGGCCAGGCUCUAUCUAUUGUUCAAGAUGAUUUUAAUGAGAAGGUCAAGAGGUUGGUUGUGGAUUCUCCUCGCACCUACCAUGAGGUUACGGGCUAUCUCCAAGAGGUUGCACCUGAGCUCUGCAAUCGAGUCGACCUCUACGAGAAAAGAACUCCCAUAUUCGAUGAAUAUAAGAUUGAAAAGGAGAUCGACAAUAUUCUCUGCAAAAGGGUUGUGCUACAGAAUGGGGGUUCUUUAAUUAUAGAACAGACUGAAGCUCUAGUUUCCAUUGAUGUGAAUGGUGGCCACAGUAUGUUUGGUCAAGGGACGUCGCAGGAGAAGGCUAUUUUAGAUGUCAAUCUUGAAGCUGCAAAGCAAAUUGCUCGCGAGCUGCGCUUGAGGGAUAUUGGUGGCAUCAUUGUUGUUGAUUUUAUCGACAUGACGGACGAUUCAAACAAAAGAUUAGUCUAUGAAGAAAUGAAGAAAGCAGUAGAAAAGGACCGCUCAACCGUUGGUGUUUCAGAAUUGUCAAAGCUAGGUUUGAUGGAAAUAACUAGAAAAAGGGUUCGACCAAGUGUUACUUUCAUGAUCAGCGAGCCUUGUCCAUGUUGCCAUGGUAUUGGUCGUGUUGAAGCUCUUGAUACGUCCUUUUCUAAGAUAGAACGUGAAAUCUGUCGACGCCUGGCCGUCUCUGGUCAUAAAUCAGAUCCAGAGAAACCAAAAUCGUGGCCAAGAUUUUUGCUUAGGGUGGACCAUGAGAUGUGCACGUACUUGACAUCAGGCAAAAGGACUAAAUUAGGGAUCCUUAGUAGCUCCCUCAAAGUUUGGGUUUUGUUGAAGAUUGCUCGAGGUUUUACACGGGGUGCAUUUGAAUUGCUACCAUAUUCUGAUCAGAAGGACACAGAUGAGCAGAAGGAAUUAUCACCAGAGUCACCACUUCCAAGGGAAGCAGGAAGACCGAGACUGUCUGUUUUUCCUAUAAAGAAAUGGAUGAGCCGUGCAAAGCGAGCCAAGUGAAUAUCUUGCAAAGAUGAGACGAACUUUUUUUUCAAAGAGCUGAACUGAAUCCCAGAUUGACAAGGGGUGAUUUUCCGAGGGCUUUGCUGUGUUCCAACGGUGAUCCCAACAGCGGAUAUUCAUGUUUGCCUGGCUAAAGUUUGGACAACUGUCCUUGAUUUUGUAGUUGCCACUCAGUGAAGUUUAACGUGAAAUGUGGGAAGAUUGUAGGACGCAAUGAAAUUAGAUUGUGUGAAAGCUGUGGGGGCAGAGCAUAGUUACGUAGUUGUUGUAUCGCCCUAGUCAGAUUUUUUGUUUAUUUAUUCAAUCAUUGUUAAACGGUAAUGAUAACUCCCGAACGUUUAGGAGUUAAGCAUGGCAACCCGAACGGGUUUAGAUGGCAAGUUAGUUUGCGUGAGAUUAAGAAAACUUGGCAAUUUUUUGACAAAAAGAAAGGAUGAAGUUGCCAUCUCCUAUCAACUAAAAUUGCCCUAUCAACUAAAGUUGCCAUCCUUUAUGAACUAAAGUUGUCAUGUAUAAACUGUCAUGUAAAAAUGUUCGGGACGAAAUGCUCAAAAUCCGAACCGUUCGGGAGUUAUUGAAUUCCUUGUUAAAACAUGAAAUGAUAGUAUUCGGAACAAAGAUUGUAUUGAA